AUGGCGAUGUGUUCAAUGAUGGACGCACUGUUGUUUUUGAUGUGGAUGGGAAUUCUUCUUUCUCUGCAUGCAGGUAAGUCAGACCAUGAGGAUUAUGCCAUGUAUGAAGAGGAAACUUCCCUGCAUGUUGACCUCAGACGAUUCACGUACAUAGAGCUCAAGCUCAUAACAAACGACUUCCAAUCAAUCAUUGGAAAAGGAGGUUUUGGUAUUGUUUAUCAUGGCAAACUGGAAAAUGGUGAUGAAGUAGCCGUUAAGGUGCUGAUGGAAACAUCAAUUGCGGAGUCAACAGACUUCUUCCCUGAGGUACAAACCUUGUCCAAAGUUCAUCACAAGAAUCUUGUGACUUUGAAAGGAUAUUGCCAAAACAAGAAGUGCCUCGCUCUCAUUUAUGACUUCAUGUCGAGAGGGAAUCUUCAACAGCUCAUAAGAGGAGGAGAUGACUAUAGUUUGAAUUGGGAACAACGACUUCAUAUUGCACUUGAUGCUGCACAAGGGCUGGAGUAUCUACACGAGUCUUGCACCCCAUCAAUAGUUCACAGAGAUGUAAAGACCCCCAACAUCCUUCUAGACAAGAAUCUUGUGGGGAUAAUAUCUGAUUUUGGGCUUUCCCGGGCUUUUAAUGAUGCUCACACACACAUAUCUACUGUUGCUGCUGGCACUCUUGGCUACCUCGACCCCGAGUACCAUGCAACUUUCCAACUCACAGUCAAGACAGAUGUUUAUAGCUUUGGCAUCGUGCUUUUGGAGAUCAUCACUGGCCAGCCCCCAGUAUUGAUGGAGCCUCAAACCUUUCAUCUACCAAACUGGGUACGCCAUAAGAUUGCCAUGGGAAAUAUUCAUGACAUCAUGGACAAGAGAUUGUUGGAUCAGUACGAUGCCAGUUCACUCCAGAGUGUGGUAGACCUCGCCAUGAACUGCGUCGAAAACGCGGCCAUCCACCGGCCGACCAUGACCGAGGUUGUUUCAAGGCUCAAAGCGUUGUUGCCAGUAGUUUCUAGCGAGAAGUUGUCUGUUUCUGCUUCAACUGGUAGUAUGAACCCCAUGGAUGCUGAAAUUCGAAGGCAAUUUCAGUUGACGAUUUCUGGAGUAAGCAACGAGGAGAACUCCUUCCAGUCUGGUUAUGGCGGUGGGAUGUCGGAAUUAAUCCAUUUAUCUGGACGGUGA